CAACAGCUACCAACAAGCACAAUACGGAGGAAGAGGAGACGUCGAGCUCUGUUUUGGUUGAAUGUUUAGCUAUUAAAGAGCAUAAUUUGCUAUAUUGCAGCAGGCAGACUGACAUGUACCGCUGCAUAGUAAGAAGUGUGUGUAGCGGAGGAAAAGUGUGUCCAGGCUUUGUGCCUCCACACACUCUCUCACCCUCAUGGAUGUUGAGAAACACCACAGAGGAAAGAUAUCACAGGCUGGCUGAGCAGCGUUGGCAGUGUUCAGUCCGCUGUAUGAGCUCUGCAGCCAAGAGGAAAAGGUCUCUGCACAGUGCCUUCCCUGUGCUGGAACAGCCCCUCCAGCCCAUCCAACAACAUGUGUAUGAAGCAAACCUACAAAACAGCAACGCCUGCCACAAAAAGUACAUUGAGUUAACUGACAAGGCAAUGAAGGGUGGAGGGGAAAAAGCCAUCGCCAGACACACUCAGAGAAACAAGAAGUUGCUGGUCAGGGAUCGACUGCGCCUCCUUCUGGAUGAUGAGGAUUUCCUGGAGCUGUCACUAUUGGCUGGUCUGGGUCUGCCAUACGGUGACAUCCCUGCAGCUGGAUGCCUGACUGGCAUCGGCAGGAUCAAUGGCCUGUGGUGUGUUUUCAUUGCCAUGGAUGCCACAGUGAAGGGCGGCACAGCGUAUCCAAUCACUGUAAAGAAACAGCUACGAGCACAGGAAGUUGCAAUUCAGAACCGCCUGCCCUGUGUUUACCUUGUGGACUCUGGAGGAGCUUUUCUACCACUGCAGUCAGAGAUCUUUCCUGAUAAGAACCAGGGAGGAAGGACGUUUUAUAACGAAGCCAUCAUGUCUGCGAUGAAGAUCCCACAGGUGUCGGUGGUGUGCGGGUCAUGCACGGCGGGUGGAGCUUACAUCCCCACCAUGGCAGAAGAGACAGUGAUGGUGCACCGGAUAGGAACCAUAUUUCUGGGCGGGCCACCGCUCGUUAAGGCCGCCACGGGAGAGGAAGUCACACCAGAAGACCUGGGAGGAGCCACGCUUCACGCAGAGGUGAGUGGCUGUGUGGACCAUUUUUCCUGGGAUGAAAAGGAGGCGUAUGAGUGUACCAGAAACAUUGUGUCCACCCUCAACUUCCUACUGCCCGAGGAAGAGGAGGAGGAUGAGGAGAGGACGAGGAAGAAGAAAGCUGAGGAAGAGCCGCUGUAUAGUUCAGAGGAGCUUCUGGGGCUCGCUCCUAAGAGUUAUAACUACAGUCUAGAUGUUAAAAUGGUGGUCAGUCGGCUGACAGACGGUAGCCGCUUCCAGGAGUUUAAAGCUCGCUAUGGAACCACGCUCAUCACUGGCUUUGCAAAGAUUCAUAGCAACUUAGUGGGAAUAGUAGCCAACAAUGGAGAGCUGUCAUACCAAGCGGCACUGAAAGGAAGUCAAUUUGUUCAGUUGUGUGACCAAAGAGACAUCCCACUCCUCUUCCUCCAGAACACAGUGCCCACCGCAGCGCCUACACUCACCACCACUCAGGCAGAGAUGAACACCAACCGCCUGAAAGCUCAGGGUUCGAUGAUGUCAGCAGUAGCGUGUGCCUCCGUCCCAAAAAUCACUGUGGUAAUUGGUGGCUGCCAUGGUGCAGACAGCUACGCCAUGUGUGGGCGGGCUUUUGACCCUAAUUUCCUGUUCCUGUGGCCCAAUGCCAGAGUGUCGAUGACGGCUCCGGGUCACGCUGCCUCUCUGCCUUGCCCUGACAGUGAGGCAGAAGAGGAGGAGGAGGAGAAGAAGAAGAAGCAGGAGGACAGGCUAAAUAAGAGACUGGAUGAGGAGAGCUCAGCAUUCUUCUCUUCCGGCAGACUCUGGGACGAUGGAGUCAUUCUGCCUCAGGACACCAGAAAGGUUCUCAGAGACUGCCUUGACAUCAUCAAACAGCAGCAGUAUCAACUCACCACAGAGAGAGUCCGGUCAGCACUUCUGCGUAUAUAAAGGCUGCCAUCUUCCUUCUCCUCACUACCUCUGGACUCUACAAGCAUCCGUCCACUGAGCUGCUGUUUUUAAUGUAAUCUGGUUGCUAUAGCCCAUUAGUGACAUUUACCAAAAUGUGCCAAAAGAAUCAAAGCCAGCCCUGGCCUUUAUUCAGUAUGACUGGUCAUUGAGGGUGAUCAUCAUCCUAAAAGAGAAGAAUGGGGAAAUCGCAGCAUUUAAAAUAAUCUACAUACCGAAACACAAAUGUGUUAAUACAUUACCGCAACAUCUUGUCAGAUACUUGGUAAAGUCACUCACCAACUUUCCAAAAGGUUCAAGAGUCCUCAAAUAUUGAAUUUGUUUUUAGGUUUGGACCUAAUACAUUUUUCUGUCUGCUGUAAACACAGGUGAUGAUUUAAAGUUUCAUUUUUGGUAUAAUAUUUCUCAAAGUUAUGUUGGCUUAUUGAAUUUAAACACUGAAAAAAGUCCCGGUUAAGUGCCUCAUCAUGUCUUGAGUACAUAAAGAAACGCUAUUGAAAUUCAAUCAAUGCUACAAGAAGUGUGAAGUAUUGUUAUUAAUAUAUGACUGUUACAUUUAUUUUGUUAGCACAAGUACUGUGUUUGAGCCUCAACCGAGUUGUGUUUUUUUCCACAGAUAAUCAUGUGCCACCUUUUAUUAAUUUGUUAUUCAAAAGCCCCACAUACACUGAUAUUUGUUUCUAGUAACAAUUUAUUCAACAGUAAUUUCUGUCCAAAAUGAACACAUUGUAAGAUAUCAUGCUCUGUAAUUAAGAAUGUAAAUUAAUAAUAGUAAUGUAGUUUUAUUUCAUUUGUAUUCUAAAAUGAACAAAAAUGUUAAAAAAAUUCAAUUGAAAACUAGUGUGUUUUUUUUCAUGUUUUUAAUAAGGGGGAUAUUCCAAAAUUGAAUGUCCCAGUUUACUUAUAAGUUAAAACAUUUGGGCUGAGUUUGCUGUAACAAAGGUAUUGUUAUGUUGAAGUGAGUACCACUGCUUGCAUCCAAAUGUGAAGUUAAUUCAAAGGAAAUUGAAAUAACAUUAACGUUUGCAAGCAAAAAAAAAUCUUAAACUCUUGACAAGAUCAUAUAAUAGUCAGUGAAGUAUGGUAGACGAAAUGCACUCUAUGGUGACCUUUCAGUGGAGAAAAAGGAUGAUCCACUACCAUUGAAUACCAGCUGGGGGCAGCCAUGAUGAAAAGUUCAAUAAAAACUUUACAUUCUU